AUGCUUCGUCAAAUCUUCGCGGCCGCCCCAUCGGCGCGACUUGCCAGCCCGAUCUCGACCGGAACUCUCAAGACCCAAAUCACCCAACCAACAUGGCGCCUUAAUCUCGCUCCAAUCCCCUGCAACCCCCGCCUAUUCACCACCACAUCCCCAGCUCGCUUCACGACCUCCGCAAUCCUAAACUCCUCUCCCUUCCGCCUCUCCACCGAAAAACAUGGGUCUUCCAUUCCCUACCCAGAAGAAGACCCCUACAGCCAAUACCCACCCAAGCGACAAUGGCCCCCAGACAUGUCGAAGCUCUCGCCGAAGCACCAGUUCCGGCUUGAGCGUAAAUACCGCCGGCGCGCGGCGCUGAAGUAUGCGCGACCGAAGUUUAUUAAAAUGGUUACAUUGGCCCAGUGGGUGAUUAUUGGAUUUGUUGCGGUCUACGCGAUUCUGUUCAUGAAUUGGGAUACGAAGGGCACGCCGUUUGAUGGAAUCCGAGAAAGCUUCUUCUCUGGAAUCCAAGCGAUAUUCACUAGCCCCCCGCCUCGUGGUCCGGGGAAGAACUCCGAGGAGAAGAAUUGA